CCAAAUACAUCAUAGCGUCCAUUCCAUCCACUCUCAUAUCCGUCACGUAGCGAUCUGGUUCAGCAAAAACAUAUCUUUGAAAGACCAGUCGAAGCUUCUGGACCUCUUACGACCCCCUCCCCCCACUUCGUGCUCGCUGUUCAUAUAUCUCGACUCCGCAGGCUUCUCGUAAUCACGAACUAGCCACCACAACACUCAAGACAUCAUGGUCCUCGGUCGACUCAUGCACUACACGUUCGACGCUCUGGCCAUAUCAGCAGUCAUUGCGGGUGUCAAGAAGUCUACCGGAUUCGGCCCUGCGACGGAUAAGAUCCCCGAUUCAUCCUUCAAAUCCAUAGCCGACUCCUACUUUUCAGCUGGAGAAGUGAUAUUCAACUUAGCCGCUGGUCAAGCAGUCACGAGCGAUUACUUUAAGAAGAUCGAACGUAGUUCAUCCUUCUUUAGUGGGAAGAAGUAGGAUGGGUAGAAGAAGAUUGUGGGAUGGAUAGACCGAGUGCUCCAAGGUAGAGCGACUGGCAGACGUUUAGUCUGCGGUCCUGAUGGUUUGGGUCAGCUAGGACUUUGUUGUCGGCCGGGUCCUGGACAUGGAGGCCGUGAGGCUGGCGUUUAGAGGAAAUUUGAUCAAUGUACAAGUAUUGAGUGACUUUCUGAGACCAUUCGCACCUUGUCUCUCAGGUCCCCUCCUUCUCCCGAGAGAUCUAAGAAGAUGCAUGACAACAAUACGAGCUGGA